CAUUUAGGUUCCAACUCUCUGUCUCUCCACUUUCCUCUCUCUAUCACACCAUACGUCUCUACAUCUCUUACCUCCGCUUUCUCAGAUGCUUCAGACUGAUUCAUCAAUGGAACCCUAGUAUUUCACCAUAUACCUUCCUGAUUUUACUCUAGGGUUUUUGUUCCUAAACUUGUCUCUGUCUCACCUCAGUGUCAGUGUCAGUGUCAGUGUCGGCCCAGUAGAGUGCUUUCGCCGUUGAUGUUCUUUCCGAUCUCUACACAUUUCUCUCUCUCUACACUUUCCUCUCUAUCACACCAUAUGUCUCUACUUCUCUCACUCUCUACUUUUUCAGAUGCUUCAGACUGAUUCAUCAAUGGAACCCUAGUAUUUUUCUAUAUAAUUUCCUGAUUUUACUCUAAACCUCUCCUCUCUCUCACCUCAGUGUCUGUAUCAGUGUCGGCCCAGCAGAGUGCUUUCGCCGUUGGUGUUCUUUCCGAACUCUACACAUUUCACCCCUCCACCGGAAAUUCCCUCUGCCCCUACCGCACUCCAGCUUGGUAUUUUCCACCGCCUGUCCAGGGUUGAGCCCUGGGAUUUGACGGCGGAAUUAAAAAGUCACCUAUAGACGCUUUACGGCCAAUCAUUGUGGAUAACGUUUGCAUCCUCUGUAUUACCGCGGCGUAUUGUUUUCUUUUCCUCUCAAAGCUCUAUUUUCUCUUUCUAGAUUCUUAGUUUUAGGUCGGAAUUAUGAGUGUCAUGUCCUACAACGAAACGCGGGUAGGGUACAGAUUUAGUCCGACCGAUGAAGAACUGGUUGAUCAUUUCUUGAGGUUUAAGAUCAAAGGUGAUGAGAGAAAAGUCCGUGAUAUUCGUGAGGUCGAUGUUUGCAAAUACGAACCCUGGGAUUUACCUGGUUUAUCGACGAUAAAGUCUAAUGAUAAUGAAUGGUUCUUUUUCUGUCCGAUGGAUCGGAAGUAUGUGAAUGGGCAGAGGCUGAACAGAUCAACAGAGCAUGGAUACUGGAAAACAACGGGUAGGGAUCGGAUGAUCAAGUCUCGUAGGAGCAAGUCUCGUAGGAGCGUAAUUGGUACAAAGAAGACUUUGGUCUUCUAUACCAGGCAUGCUCCAAAUGGCAGCAGAUCCCAUUGGGUUAUGCACGAGUACCGUGCUACUAGUAAGGAGCUUGACGGCACGAAACCAGGACAGAGUGCCUUUGUCCUCUGUCGCCUUUUUAAGAAACAUGAUGAGAAGCAAGAUGAUGUCAUUGAAGGUUCAAACUGUGAUGAAGUUGAAGAUAAUUUUCCUUCUCCUGGGGUGUGUGAGUAUCAACUAGGAAAAAAAGAUGUUCCUUCUCCUGCCACAGUUAAAUCAUAUGCUGAAGAUACACAAUUGGAGGCAGUAAACCCUGUGAUGACAGCAGAAGCUGAAAAUCAAACUUAUAGUAAUUCUGAAAGCAUACUAUUUGACACUCCAUUACCUUCUGAGUGUGACAGCAAUAUCCAUAUUUAUGAUGAUGCUGAAGAUCAAGUGAUAGACUUGCAGCCGGAUCCAGAGCCGGAGGAAAUGUUGAAAGCAUUUUGUGACCCAGUGCUGGGGCCACCAGAUGAAAAAAUCUUCUCUCCAUUGCAUUUGCAGAUGGAGCUUGGAUCUUCUUACUCGAAUUUCCGGGCCACUAAUAACACAAGCAAUGACCACAAUGGGGUUCAGUUUCAAUAUGGAUCAAAUGAACUGGAUUUUACUGAAUUUCUGGAUUCUACUGAAUUUCUGGAUUCAGUUCUUGUUAACUUAGGAAAGCACACCUUUGAGGACACAAACAGUCACAAUUUGGAUAUUGAAAGUGAGAUCCUGAACUAUAAUACUCCCACAAAGCGGUAUGCCGCUAUAUCAUCAGUGGCCCAAGGACAGUUUGAUCCUGUGAUGGAAAGUUCCGAAUGGUUUGGUCAAAACUUCAGCAGAACGGCUCCUACACAUAUGGAAACGUCUCCAGGAACUUGGGGAACUCCUCAAAAUUGUGCUAUAUCGCAUUUUUAUGCAGAUGGCCUCUUACAGCAGCAUCCUUUUAGCUUCAUCUAGCUCAGCUCCUAAACCAGUUAAAUAGAUUCAGUCUAAUCCAAACAAUCAGAACUUUAACCUAGCCCAGUUUGAUAGAUCCCUCUGGAGGUGUGUCAUCAACAUGCCUUUAGAUGUUAUGCAACAGACUAUUCUAGACCAGCUUCAUAUUAACCAGCCAUCAGAACAAUCCAAAUAGCCAGUUUUUCAUCAUAUAUUGAAUUGCCUUGAUGCUUAUUUCUUUUUUAUCAAACAAGAAAUUACCCGCCUAAACUCAGAAAUUCAUAAUUUCCAGACCAGUUAUUUAGGCCCAAAUCAGAAACAAUCCUUCAGUUACUAUGCAGGUUUUCAAAGGCAAAGAUAUAGGAGUAUUUGACACUUGUACGAAAGUAGCCCAGAGCAUAGACGGUUAUCAAGGAAAGGCCUUAUGGAAAGGCUUUAGCAGCAAAAAUGAAGCCCAGUUAGCACUCCACAGUUUUAUGAUUUUAGCCUCUUCUUCCGGAGAGAUAGAUAAUGUCCAGACCAUCAACAAGAAGUAGAAGAUCUUCAGAAUCAUCUUAGGAGAGAGAAACAAGCUAAAGAAAAAUUAGCUUCAGAACUUCAAGCUAAAAUAGAUUUAGUGCAGUAUCAGUUAGCUUUGAGAGAAAAAGCCAGUGAAGCAGGAGUAGAAGUCCCAGCCACUCUACUCAGCCUCUUCCAACAGACCUCAGAAGAGAAAUCAACAAAUUAGCCAUAGAAGCAGAGUACAGAUCUCACAUGUUACUUUUAGACUUUCUAAGUGAGAAUCUCAGAAGUAUCCCAGGAGUCCAAGUCAACAUCAGACAGUUUUCAUCAGAAAAAAUUCAGUUUAUAGUUACAUAGUUCCUAUGGUAACUAUAGAUUACCAGCAGUUUAAAGAGAUAGAACAUUUGCAGACUCAGCUUAAACUCACAGAUUUACUUGAGUUGGGAUUAGUAGAAGGUAUCAUGAUCAGAGGAAGUAUUCCAGCAGAUUUGCCAGAAUUUGUUAGAGAUGUGCUUAAAGAUAAUUAUGAUCAGAAUUAUUUUUGAUAGUAGUAUAACUUUAUAGUUACCUUGGAAUCAGUCGCUAGGAAGAAUACUAGUUGUGACGUAAAUUUCAGGGCUACCCCCCAUUAUGGUAUCAUGGCCAUGUUUAUAGAAUUAGAUUUAUGAAUAUAUUCAGAUGUUUAGUUA